AUGGUCGAGGCAAAGCAAUCUGGUGUUAGAUCUCGUUUUACAGAUCUUAGCGAUGAGCCUGUUGAUCACAUGUUGGCGCCGAUAGGAGGGUAUCAAGAUAGGCCGCUUGUUUCACUCUCAAAAGCUGUUGAACCCGUUGCUGGAUUUUUUGAUAAAAUCGAAGACCACAUUUUUGUUGCAUUAAAUAAUUGUCAAAAUCCAGCUGAAGAAUUAACUCAAGAUGAAUCAGCUUCCAUACACCUAUAUACAAUGCAAUUUGAUGGUGACUCCAGUUUAUAUUUGCUGCUUAAUGAAUCAUUACGUGCUGAAAAUCGUGGAGAAUUGCUGCCAUGGUUUUCGCUUCUCAAAUUAUUUCUUACGGCAUUGCACAAAUUACCCUCACAAAGUGGAACAGUAUGGCGUGGAAUAAAAGGUGUGGAUUUAAGCUCAAAAUAUAAAACUGGUACGAAAUUCGCUUGGUGGGGAGUGAGUUCAUGUACUACUCAUGUUGAAGUGCUUGAAGCUGAUGAAUUUUUGGGCAAACACGGACAACGAACACUCUUUUCAAUUGAAUGCAUCAAUGGAAAAUCGGUGGCAAAACAUUCGUAUUUCAAAAAUACUGAAAAAGAAAUAAUUCUCAUGCCUGGUUCUUAUUUUGAAGUCAUGAGUCAAUUAAGCCCUGCACCAGGACUCUAUAUUAUUCAAUUAAAAGAAAUCACGCCACCAAUCACAUUUGUUAAACCGCCGUUUGUGAAAUUAAACGAACCGAAGUCAACUCCAAUCGCUCAUCAGUCAAGUGCAUCUUCAUCAUCAUCAUCAACCACAAUGAAACCUGUCCCAAGUGCUUCCAGUAAAAUCUCAUCGAAAACAAAAAUUAAUAUUCCUGCUAAUGCUACAUGGAAGCAGAACGGAGUGACUAUUGCUGGAGGUCACGGAGAAUGUGAUGCCACUAAUCAACUCAGCUACCCUUACGGUCUCUUUGUUGAUGAUGAUCAAACAGUGGUUAUUGCUGACUGCGGGAAUCAUCGUAUCAUGCAAUGGAAGAACGGUGAUACAACGAAUGGACAAGUUGUUGCCGGUCGUAAAGGCGCAGGAAAUGGAUUACAUCAAUUGAAGCGUCCAAUUGAUGUGUCAAUUGACAAAGAGACGAAUAGUCUCAUUAUUUGUGAUCAAGAGAAUCGACGAGUUGUACGAUGGUCUCGUCGUAGUGGUACAACACAAGGUGAAAUACUCAUCGACAACAUCUAUUGUUGGGGAUUAGCCAUGGAUGAGCAGAGAUAUUUCUACGUCUCUGACCGCGAAAAACUUGAAGUAAGACGAUAUCGAUUGGGUGAGAAGAAUGGCACUCUCGUAGCUGGUGGUAAUGGUGAAGGGGAUGGUCUUAAUCAACUCAACUGGCCGGCAUCUCUCUUUGUCGAUCGAGAUCAUUCAGUGUACGUAUCAGACACCUGGAAUCAUCGUGUGAUGAAAUGGGUGGAAGGUGCAAAAGAAGGUAUUGUGAUUGCUGGAGGACAAGGCAAAGGGAAUGCUCUGACACAAUUGUCUUCUCCUACGGGACUCUUCGUUGAUACGUUGGGUACACUCUAUGUAGCAGACACGCGGAAUCAUCGUGUAAUGCGUUGGACUCAAGGAGACAAGAAACAGGGCACUGUAGUUGUGGGUGGAAACGGUCAAGGAGCAGAAGCAAAUCAGUUCAGCAACCCCACUGGUUUGUCUUUCGGUCGACAUGGUAAUCUCUAUGUCGCCGAUUGGAAAAAUCAUCGUGUUCAACGAUUUUCUAUCGAAUAA